UCAUGUGUCAAGUGUCAAAAUGUCAGCUUUUCACAAGUUGUCUGUAAUUCUCAUUGAUUUGUUAUAGUUUCUUUAAGUUUUACUAAUGUUAAACCAAUUUUUAAUGUUACUUUGUUAUGUUAUAAAUAAAUGAAUACGUAUGUAAUGUGGUCGUCAUGCAUCCGGUAGUCUCAAUGCUCAAAUGAAUAAUAGAAAUAUUAUAAAAGUUGUUUCAAAAAAUUGUCUUUUAACAUAUUUUAGUGUUGAAUAGAAGAACGGCACAAUGAAUAAACCAGUUAUUUUAUCUGGAUACGACCUUGUGGCUAAAGGAAUAACUAAAAAUCAAGCAACUUUACCUGAAUUGGGCUUGAAAGAUAUAUUCCCUAAUGGCUCUUGGCUCGAGGCUAAGCAGAUACAAUCCGCUAUAGAUGCUCGAAAACAACUUAUUGCUGCCGAACGAAUUGAAAAAAGUGGUAUGUUGAGUCAUGCAGAAUGGAGAGAAAACUUGAUGUUAGCGGCGGUGAUACAAAAAUCAGGUGGUCAUUGGCAGUUCAUGGGGCAUAAUGUUGGAAAACAAUUAUAUUUAUAUCCCGAAGAAGCCCUUUUCUUGAUGGAAAUUAAUAGUCUACUCCUUAAACAUAAUGAUGUAAAAGUUUCUCUACAACAAGCCUAUGAUUUAUUGCUAAGAGAUAAAACAUCGUUUAUUCAAUAUAAAGUUUACGCAACUUUGAGUAGAUGGGGUUAUAAAGUGUUUAGACAUAUGGAUACAAAUGCUUUGGAUAUAUGUUAUACAGAUGAAACAAAUAUUACAUCAGAAGGAAAUAAUUCAGAAAAUUCAUUAAUGAAAAUAGUUGAUGAUGAAUUAAAAAUUGUGGAAACUGAUAAACAGAGUGAUGUGAUAUUAUUAAGCAAUGAUGAUGAAGAGAGAUGUAAUUUAAAAAGAAAAUCAUCAGUAGUUGAUGAUCCCGAUGAUUUGCAAAUUAAUGAAAUGGGCGAAACUCCAAAUUGUAAAAAGCCUAAAAGUAAAGAUCAAUCAUUUAUCUAUCUAUAUAAAAUAGAUAAAUUAAAAAACAGACAAUUAAAGCCAUGUAAUACAAAUGAACUGCACAAAUACUUUGAAAAUAUACCAAAUUUAUUAAACAGUGAAGUAGUAACUCUAAAUGUACCUAACGAAAGAUUCAUUCCAAAGAAUAUAUCCUUUAAUAAAAGUACUUAUGUACUUAAUUUGAACUCAGUAAGAACUAAACAAUUACGUGUCCCAUCUCCACAAGAAUCUCAAACAUCUAAUUCUACAGAUGACAUUAAUAGAGCUAACUUUACGAGAAUUCGUGGCAAUUAUAACAGAUAUCAAAUACCACCAUACAUACAUUAUUCCCCUAUGAAUGACCCAAGGAAUAUUCCAUACCGACCAUUUAACUGGUGGCAUUCAUAUGCAAGAGUUAAUAACUAUAAUUUCAAUAUGUCAUUUCAAAGACCACUUUUAGGUAAUAAUUUCAAUAUGUCAUUUCAAAGACCACUUUUAGGAAAUUUGCUCUUCCCACCCAGAUUUCAAUAUUUCCCUAGAUAUCAAAACUUUUAUAGACCGCGUAAUAAUUUUAAUCGUCCAUAUAAUCGACGACAAAGGAAAAGAUCGCGAGAUAGUACCAAGAAAUUUCAUUUGGAAUCUUUAAAGAGAUUAGCUGCGAGAUUAAAAAAUCUUGUUACAUCUGGACAAGUGCAUACAGAACCAUUGGCUGCUAUAAACAAUUUAAUACAGACGUAUAAUUCUCGUUAUGCUUCGAAAAUUAAACUUUCAAAUGAUUACGAAAUUAUUGAAGAUCAUAAUAUUUUAGACACGAUAGAACUAGAUGACGAUGGUGAACAGAUAAAGAAAAAACCACGUUUAUCAGACUCCGAUACUUAUACUAUUAAUUUUAAUAACAUAAUAGAAAUGGCAGAAAGACUAAAGAAACUUGAAAAUGAUAAUAAAUCAUCUGCACGUCAUAGAAGAGCAUUUUCCAAUCUAAUUAAAACAUUCAAUAAAUCUUACAACGCAGAUAUUUAUGUGACAAAUAAUUUUAAAGUUCUCGAUAGAAGUUUUAUAAGUCUAGAAAGUUCUUCAGAUUCUGACUGCGUAAUAGAUGAGAAUGCUAACUCUAGUGGUAAAAAAGUACGGAAUCCAUUUAACAUAUUAAAACGUCUUUCUGAAAAACGCAACAAAUCAUUAGACGCGCCAAGCACAAGUAGUGAUUUUAAUAAUGAAAAAUAUGAAUCAGACGAUUAUCGUGACAUAAUACAAAAGAAUCUAAGUAAAGAAUGGAUACCGGAUGAUAACGAUUUUGGAAGACCUGAAAUUUAUGGUAUUAAUAACGAAUCAAAUAUAGCCAAUUUAUUUUACGAAUUUCUAAAAUUUCAUCCAGAAAAUUAUGAAAAUUGGUUAGACCUGAAAGUAUCUUUCUUGAGUAGUCUAGAAGAGACUGCAGAUUUUUUUAGAAAAAAGACUAACACAGUAAGCGUACAGAACAGAUCUUUAGUAUCACCUGAAGAUUGUGUCGACAUAGUUUCAGUGUUGAAAAAGUUAAGCAUUAUUAAAUCUCAUAAUGAGACCGGUGAAACAAAUAUUAAAAUAGAUUUCAAUGUAUACAACAGAGAUGUACAACAUUUUAGAAAGACCAAUCCUCCUGUACCACAUUUCAGAAUUUCAUGCUUAGACGAAUCAGAGAAAUUUCCCAGCGGCGAAGAAAUAGCAAGCCUUCACGCAAAAUAUAAUGAUGACGUACGAAUAAUAUUUGCUAUAGUCGGCACAGGCACAAUUAACUUUGUACAAAUAAAACCAAUUAGUUUACCUACACACAUUUCUAAUAAUGUGACCUGAUUAUCUCUUACUAAUAUAAUAAAACAAGUAUAUCAAUAAUUCGUUUUUAUUACAACUAUUAUUAUAAUUUUGACAUUUAAAGCUAUAUUUUUAAAACGAAUCAUGGCACGUGUGAUAAGGAUGGCUCUGUGCAUUAAUACUAAGUGUAGCAUUCGUUGUGUUGUAUUUGGCUCGUUCACGUACCGACACGUGUUACCGGUCCAACGGUCUGACAUCGACUGACGUCACCUCUCUACGGCAUGUACUUAUAGCGUGUACGCCCGAGACAAACAACACUACGUUUAUGCAUACACUACACUAAGUUUAACAAGUAAAAUGGAAUAACAAUCAAAAUUACACUUAACAGUCUGUUUCAUCUUCGCAAUAUUUCGUUUAAAUACACAACCACUAGAAAUUAUUUUUGAUUUAAUUUUAUCUAUUCGUAAAGAGGGUAGACUUAAAAAAAUCCAG